GCCUCCACAUCGAUUUGCAGGGGUAGAGUAGAGUCUGGCCUAUUUCCCACAUAUACACUGUGCGAUUAAAAAUGGGGUGCAACUCAUCUCAGCCGAAUGUGCAGGGGAAUGGCGAAAUCCCAACCAAGGACAAGGAUAAGGGAGCCGCGAGAGACAAGGGAACGUUGGCAAACGGGAUCGACGAGGUGGAAGUUCCAGAGGACUGGGAAUGGAUUCCGGAGUUCAAGGACAAGGCGGUGAUAAAGCCAGUGAAAAGGGACAAGUACCUGGAUACGAAAUUUCCUCCUGUAUCUGGUUCCCUCUUCUUCUCUAAGGAUCAGAGCAAUGUGGAAUGGAAGAGACCCAACGUGAUCCCGCCGAAUCAGUCCUUGUACUGGGAGGAUCAUAAAGGAAUCGUGCUCUGUCGCUUUUGGCGCUAUGAGGAAUGGCAGCCCAUCUACGUGGAUGACACUUUGCCCACAAUGGAUUCCGAAUUGAUUUUCGGCCAUUGCAACGAAAAGCGUGAAUUCUGGCUCCCCAUGCUCGAAAAGGCCUACGCCAAACUGCACGGAUCGUAUGAGUCGCUCGAUGGAGGGCAGGCCCUCGACGCCCUGGUGGAUCUCACGGGAGGAAUAGCGCAAUACUACGACAUGCAAGACCUGGCCUCUGCAUCAGAAGAGACCCAGCAGAUGGUCUUCGACCGACUCGUCAAGGCCAUGUCCCAGCAAAAUGCCUUCGUCACCUGCGAUCGGGUGGGAGUGGACACAGAUGUGAAGGACGGGUUGGUGAACGGGCACGCCUACACGGUCACGGGUGCAGCCUAUGUACCAGACGGCCAAUCGGGACAAAUUCAACUCGUUCGGAUCAGGAAUCCCUGGGGAAACGCCACGGAGUGGACGGGUGCUUGGAACGACAGGUCGGUCGUCAUCUCGACGCAUGUUUCUGGGCAGUUCCAAAGUUACCGACUGCCUUAUAAGCUAGAUCAUAGAAACCCGCACCUAUUCCAGGCAAAAUUUUGUCAUUUCUCCCGUGGAUGA